GCGCACCGAGAAUUCUAGUAGGUACACGCACACGCACACGCACGCGCACGCGCAGCGCGUCUCUAGUAAGUGGUGGGUUUAGGACUACCUGCAGCUGGACUUUCAUUUCUCCUCUUCAGACUCCCUUAAGAAAUGUCCAUGAAUGCUACAGAGCCAUCAUCAGACAGCAUUUUGCAUCCUACAAACAUGAACGGGGAUCAUCUGGAAGCAGACCAGUCAGAAAGCUUUCUGGACAUUUCUCCAUAUGUCAAAGAAUACAUUGAAAACCCAGUUGCUACACCUAAUCCCCCAUCAGAAACUGGCUUCUUUAGUGACUCGAAAAUGCAGAUAAGUGACUGUCUUCCUAAUCCUGACGUUGCCAUCAAUGGUGCAAAUCCUUUAAUAAAUCAAAGGCGUGUAGAAUUGAACAAUGCAAAACUUGAUAUUAAAGUGAAGUUUGCAUCAUCAGAGUCUGGGCAGAAUGUCACGCUGAAUGAAGACAGAAUAUGUUUGUCUCCUCAAGAUGAGAUGUUAAUAAAUCCAAAUGUGGGUGCAGAUUUUUUACUGAAGGCAGAAGAUGAGAAUUUGUCAGGACUGGAAGAGGAGGUAUUUAAUAGUUUAUCUAAAACGUCAAAACAACAAUGUGAAGAGCCUAGCAAAGUUUCAACACCAUUGUCCUUGGGACAAGAGGACACUGCAGCACAGAUUUUUUAUCAAAGAAAACCUGAAGUGAAUUUCCAGAAUUUGGAUGAGAGUCAAAAGCAGGAGCCAUUCCAGAUAUUUGAAGGAGAAUCUUCUCUUAUCCACUCUGGGUCUACAGAGAGAAAUGAAAAAUCUCACCUUAAAGAUGAGCCACAGACAGAAACGUGUGUUCACAUGCCUGAUGUUCAUUUGCUACCUUCAGAAAAUCUAUGGACCACGAAAAGAAAUGGAUCGGUGAAACUGAGAAUGACCAAAAGCGGUCCUGGAUCAGAAGCACCAUUAACUAUUCAUCAGUAUUUUUUAGAUUCAGUAGAGCGGUACAAAGAAAUGCCUGCUUUGGCAUAUAAGAAAGAUGGGAAAUGGGAAAUGAUCAGCUAUAGUAAUUAUUAUGAAGAGUGUAGAAAAGCAGCAAAGAGCUUUCUGAGGAUUGGACUGGAACGCUUCCAUGGUGUUGGUAUUUUGGGAUUUAACUCUCCAGAAUGGUUCAUUUCGGACAUUGCCGCUAUAUUUGCUGGUGGUUUUGCUGUUGGAAUUUACACAACCAACUCCCCUGAGGCGUGCCAUUAUGUAGCCCACAACUGUGAAGCCAAUAUUUUGAUGGUAGAGAAUCAUAAACAACUGACAAAAAUCCUGCAGGUUCGGGAUCAGUUGCCUCAUCUGAAGGCUAUAGUCCAGUGGGGAGAAGAAGUGAAAGAAAAGAGGCCAAAUUUGUACAGUUGGAAGGAAUUUAUGGACUUGGGGAAGGAUGUCCCUGAUGCUCAACUGGAUGAAGUCCUUAAUCUGCAGAAAGCCAAUCAAUGUUGUACUUUAAUCUACACAUCUGGAACAACUGGCAAUCCUAAAGGGGUUAUGUUGAGUCAUGAUAAUUUAACGUGGAUUGCAAAUUCUGCUGGACUAGAAGUUGGCCUAAAACCUGGAUGUGGGGACUGUCUGAUUAGUUAUCUUCCACUCAGUCAUGUUGCAGCACAAGUUAAUGACCUAUGGAUUGCUAUGAGGUUUGGAGGCAUCACCUACUUUGCAGAUCCUGAUGCACUAAAAGGGUCUUUGAUUAAUACCAUGCGAGAUGUACGUCCAACUGCCUUUUUGGGUGUUCCCCGGGUCUGGGAGAAGAUGCAAGAAAAAAUGAAAUCUACUGGGGCAAAGUCUUCUCUUCUAAAGAGAAUGGUGGCUGACUGGGCCAAGCAGAUUGGGCUUCAGGCGAGCUACAAUUCCAUGAAUGGAAAUGCAGCUGUUCCCUGGGGUUAUAUGCUGGCAAACAGCCUGGUUUUCAAGAAAGUGAGAGAGGCACUGGGACUGGACCGCUGUACGAGAUGCUUCACUGGUGCUGCACCAAUUACCAAAGAAACUCUGGAGUAUUUUAUGAGCCUCAAUAUUUCAUUGAUGGAGCUUUAUGGCAUGAGCGAGAGUACGGGACCACAUACCAUUUCCACAGCAGAAGCAUUUCGGAUCAUGAGUUGUGGCAAAGAGAUUUCAGGCUGUCAAACCAAACUUGAUAAACCGGAUGCAGAAGGGAAUGGUGAAGUCUGUUUUUGGGGACGUCAUGUUUUUAUGGGGUACCUCCAUUCAGAAGAGAAGACCAAAGAAGCAAUUGACUCGGAAGGCUGGCUGCACUCUGGAGACCUGGGAAAGCAUGAUGAAGAUGGAUUUUUGUACAUUACAGGAAGAAUAAAGGAACUUAUUAUCACUGCUGGAGGAGAAAAUAUCCCUCCUGUUCCUAUUGAGGAUUCUGUUAAAGAAGCAAUUCCAAUAAUCAGCAAUGCAAUGUUGAUUGGUGAUAAACGGAAAUUUCUUUCCAUGUUGCUGACACUUAAGUGCAAUGUUAAUGAUUCCGGAGAGCCUUUAGAUGAACUGACCCAUCAAGUCAAAGAAUUCUGCCGGUUAUUAGGAUGCAAUGCCCAUCGAGUUUCAGACAUUGCGGGCCAAGAAAACCAUCCGGUGUAUAAAGCAAUACAGGAAGGAAUUGACCGAGUUAAUGCAAAGGCAACCUCGAAUGCACAGAAGAUCCAAAAAUGGCUGCUUUUGGAAAGAGAUUUCUCUGUGCCAGGAGGAGAACUAGGACCUACAAUGAAGCUGAAAAGGCCAGUGGUCCAAAAAAUGUAUAAAGAGAAAAUUGAUGAAUUUUAUACCGAUUGACUUGGACAUGGGAUCAGCGAUCUGCUUUCAAGAAACAGCAGGCUUUUGAAUAUAUAAAUAUAUAUUGUACAGAUGAUCAUUUCUGAAGUCUGAACGCACAACCCAUAGUCUUGCACAUGGGGCUGGAAUCCUCUAACUCUUAUUGUUUUACACGGAUAUAUUUUAUCACAAACUGUAAAUACACUUUAAAAUGAUGAUCUGAUGCAAUGUGUAGAUAUACAUUUCAAAGGCCAUUCGCUGUUUUAAAGAGUCCUUUUUAACUUGCAGAAUAAAGUAUACAUUUACUGGAA